UCUUAAGCCAUACUCCAUCGCCGGCAGUAGUUUCUGCAGCUUCCAUCUUACGUAUCAUACUAGUUUUUAUAAGCUCUAGACUCUCUAACAAUGGCUGUACUACCAGAAGAGGACAGCAUAUCUCCGGCGAGAGAUCCGCGGCCUAGACGACAAGAACCGAUUCUGGAUAUGUCUGCUGGCGACGAGAAUGAUGCGGCGGUCCACCAUAUUCUCCACGUGAGUGAUCCCGUCAAGGAGCCGCGCUCCCUCUCCUUCUUUCUCUCCUUCAACAACCUCACUUACACCGUGAAAAACAGCCCCAAAUUCUCUCUUCCGGUGAGCUUCCGUCGCCGCAGAAACCGGAGCUCCAGCAACAGCCGGCUGCUCGACGGGGAGAGCAAGAGCUCGUUCACGAAGACGAAAGUGCUACUCAAUGAUAUCUCCGGCGAGGCUCGCGACGGUGAAAUUCUGGCCGUUCUCGGCCCGUCCGGGAGCGGGAAAUCCACCCUCAUUGACGCCUUGGCCAACCGGAUUUCUAAGGACAGCCUGAAAGGGACGAUCACGCUCAACGGCGAACCGCUGGACUCGGGACUGCUACAAGUGAUAUCAGCUUACGUCAUGCAAGACGAUCUCCUGUAUCCGAUGCUCACCGUCGAGGAGACGUUGAUGUUCGCGGCGGAGUUCCGGUUGCCGCGAACGCUAUCGAAGUCGAAGAAGAAGAUGAGAGUCCUUGCUCUGAUCGAACAGUUAGGCCUACACAACGCCGCGAAAACAGUGAUCGGCGACGAAGGCCACCGCGGCGUCUCCGGCGGAGAGCGACGGCGCGUUUCCAUCGGAAUCGACAUAAUCCACGAUCCGAUCAUCCUCUUCCUCGACGAGCCGACCUCGGGGCUCGACUCCACCAGCGCAUUCUUAGUCGUGAGAGUCCUAAAGCAAAUCGCUCAGAGCGGAAGCACAGUGAUCAUGUCGAUCCACCAGCCGAGCUAUCGUAUCCUCCGAUUACUCGACCGCCUCAUCAUCCUCUCCCGUGGACAGACCGUGUACGGCGGACCGCCGGAAAACCUCUCCGAAUUCUUCGCGGAUUUCGGGCACCCGAUUCCGGACAACGAGAACCGAACCGAGUUCGCAUUAGAUCUCAUCCAAGAGCUUGAGAGUAAACCAGACGGCACAAAAUGCUUAGUGGAUUUCAAUCUGACGUGGCAAAACUCUGCGAAGACCAAAGAAGUAACUCCCAUGGCGGCGUUAACAUUAACGGAAGCGAUCAGAGCGAGUAUUUCGCGGGGGAAGUUAGUUUCAGGUUCAACCGGCGGUUUAUCUUCCACUUCAGCCGUGGUCCCGGUUCACGCGAACCCGUUUUGGACCGAAAUAGCGGUUCUCUCGAAGCGGUCUUUCACGAAUUCCCGGCGGAUGCCGGAGCUUUUCGGGACCCGGUUGGGGGCGGUGGUGCUAACCGGCUUCAUCCUCGCCACCGUGUUCUGGCGGCUGGAUAACUCCCCCAAAGGCGUACAAGAGCGGCUAGGGUUUUUCUCCUUCACGAUGUCCACCAUGUUCUACACGUGCGCCGACGCGCUGCCGGUUUUCAUCCAAGAGCGCUACAUCUUCGUGAGGGAAACCGCGUACAACGCGUACCGGAGAUCCUCAUACGUGCUCUCCCACGCGCUCGUAUCCUUCCCCUCCUUAGUCGUCCUCGCAAUCGCGUUCGCAUCCUUGACGUUCUGGAGCGUGGGCCUGGACGGCGGUGCGUCGGGGUUCUGGUUUUGCUUCUGCCUCAUGCUGUCCUCGUUCUGGGCCGGGAACUCCUUCGUGACCUUCCUCUCCGGCGUCGUCCCCCACGUGAUGCUCGGAUUCACGAUCGUCGUCGCAAUCCUGGCGUACUUCCUCCUCUACAGCGGAUUCUUCAUAAACCGGGAUAGGAUCCCGGUGUACUGGAUCUGGUUCCACUACAUCUCUCUGGUGAAGUAUCCGUACGAGGCGGUGCUGCAGAACGAGUUUCAGGAUCCGAACAAGUGCUUCGUGACGGCGAUCCAGAUGUUCGACGGCACCCCCUUCGGGGCACUGCCGGUGGGGAUCAAGGAGACGGUGCUGCGCAUCAUGAGCGAGACGCUGCACGUGGACAUCAGCAGCUCCACGUGCGUGACCACCGGACCCGACAUUCUUGCCCAGCAAGGAAUCACUCAGCUCAACAAGUGGGAGUGCUUGAUCGUCACCGUCGCCUGGGGGGUCUUCUUCAGGAUCUUGUUUUACUUCGCCCUGCUCUUGGGGAGCAAGAACAAGAGAAAGUAAUAAUUGCAUGCAUUUGAAGAUUAGAAGAACAACAACAACAACAACGAUGAAU